ACCGUCAUCUCCCAACUGGCAGUGGCUGCUGAGUUCUUACCUCCCAACUUGACCUCCCGCUCUUUCUAGUCAGCCCUACCUAUAUCCAGUAACCAUCUUCUUUCAAACCCGGCCACGGCAUUCCCUCAGAAACUUCCCUUGCGCAUCGCCGUCUGCCUUUUUACAUAGUCGCAUUGCAUUGUUUCUUUGUGCAAGCUUCUAUAAGUAUCACUCAUUCAUUGAUCAUAACUCUCAACACCUUCACCGCCGCCAGCUCUCUCCUCCUCUCGCCUCGUCGCCCCCUAGCCGCCCUCCAUGGACUCUGAAGGCGAGGCCAACACUGCGCCCUCUACUGAGGAGCGACGCAACGUCCAGGUCGACAAUGCCAUUCGCGCCAUUCAGGAGAAGAAGCCGGUACCAGAGAUCGAUUUUACUAUUCACACCAUGGAGGAUAACACCCAGGUCAGCACCUUGGAGCGUGUGUGCAAAGAUGUCCAAGCGCCUGCCAUGUACAAGCCUACCGACGAGCAAUUCUUCGAGGAUGACACCCAUUCCAAGCCCAACCUUCAGUUUCUUAAGCAGCAUUUCUAUCGCGAGGGCCGUCUUACCGAAGAGCAGGCUCUUUGGAUUAUCAGGAAGGGUACCGAGCUUCUGCGCGCCGAGCCCAACCUUCUGGAGAUGGACGCUCCCAUUACUGUCUGUGGUGACGUUCAUGGACAGUACUACGAUCUGAUGAAGCUGUUCGAAGUCGGAGGUGACCCCGCUGAGACCCGAUACCUCUUCCUUGGUGACUAUGUCGACCGAGGCUACUUCAGCAUAGAGUGUGUCCUCUACCUCUGGUGUCUCAAGAUCCAUUACCCCAAGACCCUCUGGCUGUUGCGAGGAAACCAUGAAUGUCGCCACUUGACUGACUACUUCACCUUCAAGCUCGAGUGCAAGCACAAAUACUCAGAGACUAUCUACGAGGCCUGCAUGGAAUCAUUCUGCGCCCUUCCCCUUGCUGCUGUUAUGAACAAGCAAUUUCUUUGUAUUCAUGGUGGACUGAGCCCAGAGUUGCACACACUCGACGACUUGAAGAGCAUUGAUCGUUUCCGCGAGCCUCCUACUCAGGGCCUUAUGUGCGACAUCCUUUGGGCUGAUCCUCUCGAAGACUUUGGCCAGGAGAAGACAAGCGACUAUUUCCUACACAACCAUGUCCGAGGAUGCUCAUACUUCUUCUCCUAUCCAGCCGCCUGCGCCUUCUUGGAAAAGAAUAACCUUCUUUCAAUCAUUCGUGCUCACGAGGCCCAAGAUGCCGGCUACCGCAUGUACCGCAAGACCAGAACCACCGGCUUUCCAAGUGUUAUGACCAUUUUCUCCGCCCCCAAUUACCUCGAUGUGUACAACAACAAGGCUGCGGUACUCAAGUAUGAGAACAACGUGAUGAACAUUCGACAGUUCAAUUGCACUCCUCAUCCUUAUUGGCUCCCCAACUUCAUGGACGUUUUCACCUGGUCUCUUCCUUUCGUGGGGGAGAAGAUCACCGAUAUGCUCAUCGCCAUUCUCAGCACCUGUUCCGAGGAGGAACUUAAAGAAGAGACACCCUCUUCAACCUCGCCUGGCCCCGCCUCGCCAGCUUUGUCCAAUGACCCUGAGUCGAUUGAAGUUCGACGUAGAGCCAUCAAGAACAAGAUUCUCGCCAUCGGACGGCUGUCUCGUGUAUUCCAGGUGCUUCGCGAGGAGUCCGAGAAGGUCACAGAACUCAAGACUGUGUCUGGUGGAAGAUUGCCCGCGGGAACUCUUAUGCUUGGUGCCGAAGGCCUCAAGAACGCAAUCAACGGAUUCGAGGAUGCUCGAAAGGUCGAUUUACAGAACGAGAGGCUGCCACCCACUCACGAGGAAGUCGUCAAGCACCAGGAGGAGGAGCGAAAUACCGCGCUUCAGAAGGCAGCUGAUGAUGCCAACAAUGACAAGAAAUUGCAGCAGCUCUCCAGAAGGCUCAGCACUGAUCGCAAGAACCGAGCUCCAACGUCAUGAACAUAGUUUUUGCAGUAGCAUAUACGUUAUUGUUAUAAAUACUGGUGAAGGACUUGGAUGAACGACUAAUUAUCAUUCUCCCACAUAUGAAUGGCUGGAGAAGGCUGCCGGAUUUUCCUCUUCAUCGUGACUGCUGACGCUCUGGUCAUUACACUAGCAACGAAAAGUCAGGUUGUCGUUACUGGUCCUACGCUCUGAACUUGGGCAAGAAACAAAAGCAGGAUAGAUGACGACGUCGUUACUUCGGGUGCCAAGUAGAAUAUGCAAAUAGCAUUGAGCACAUUGUCUAUAAGGGGAUGUGCUGCCCAGAGUUUCAAGUUGGCGAUGCACCUUAAUGAAUACAUGAAUGCUUUUAAAUA